AAUCAUUACAUUUCUUGAUUCAUCAUACCUUCUACCAGACAAUAUGCUUACAGUAUCUAACCUUGCGGCUUUAGCUGCUCUGCUAAGUCAUAUCAAUGUAGCUAUGGCUCAGGGUCAAGGUUGGAGUCAAUGUAGGUUGAAUUAUCUUAGCAAGAGCAAAUCAUAACUAAUUCUUCCAGGUGGCGGUACUGGUUGGACUGGUGCUACAACUUGUGUAGCAGGAUAUACCUGCACUUAUUCAAAGUGAGUACAUGUUUCACUGCAGAUUCACCGAUGAAGCUAACAUUUUUACAGUUCCUGUAUGUUGAGACUCAGAAAAUAGUCAUAGAACUCGCUCAUUUCAUUAGUCUACUCUCAAUGCCUUCCUGGAACCGCCGGCCCCGCGCCUACUACGACUUUGAUUACCUCGACAAUAUCCGCAACUGCGGGAACAAGCCCAAUCAGCACUGGCAGCAGUGUCAAUGAUAAAUUCGUUGCCCAUGGCAAGAAAUAUUUUGGCGUUGCCACAGAUCAAGGUCGCCUUACAUCUGGCGAUAAUGCGGCUAUCAUCAUGGCCGAUUUUGGACAAGUGACACCAGAAAAUAGCAUGAAGUGGGACACAAUUGAAGGUAUGGCUACAUGAACCAAUUUUAGGAAACGUGUUGCUGACAGUCGAUAGCAUCACAAAACAAUUUCAACUUUGCUGGUGGCGAUUACCUGGUAAAUUGGGCGACAAAUAAUUCAAAGAUCAUUCGUGGUCAUACACUUUGUUUGUCAUCUCAGUUGGUCCGCAAAACUAAGAACUGACAAUGAUAGGUUGGCAUUCUCAACUCCCAAGCUGGGUCAGCUCGAUUACAUCUGCGGCAACCCUCACUACUGUCCUUCAAAAUCAUGUUACACAGGAAGUGACUCGCUGGAAAGGAAAGAUAUACGCAUGGGUAUGUCAUCACAUCUAGUUUUUGCUCGUAAUAUUAAUCUUUGAAGGAUGUCGUCAAUGAGAUCUUCAACGAAGAUGGCUCCAUGAGAACUAGCGUGUUCUACAACGUCCUAGGAGAAAGCUUUGUUUCUAUCGCCUUUAAAGCCGCUCGAGCGGCUGAUCCCAACGCCAAGCUCUACAUCAAUGAUUACAAGUACUUGGCCCUUCCAAUAAAUUCCAGGAAAAGCUAACACAGUUUACAGCUUGGACUCGGCUACCUAUGCUAAACUUACCAACGGCAUGGUUGCACAUGUCAAGACAUGGAUCGCCCAGGGGAUCCCCAUCGAUGGCAUUGGUUCACAAUCUCAUCUUCAAGCAGGCCAGGGAUCCUCUACAUUGGGUGCUUUAACCGCACUUGCAGCCUCUGGUGUUAGUGAAGUUGCGGUUACAGAAUUGGAUAUUGUAGGAGCAGCUGCUACUGAUUAUGUCAAUGUAAGUUAUCUCUUUGAAUCAAAUCUUAAAUCUCCUGAAGGAAAAUGAAGGGCUAUGAUUUUUGAAAUAAAUGCUAACUAUUGAACAGGUCGUCAAUGCUUGCUUGGGUGUGGCUAAAUGUGUCGGUAUCACGGUCUGGGGUGUCCGUGAUCCUGACUCAUGGCGCGCAAGCUCAACUCCAUUGUUGUUUGAUGCGAACUUUGCUCCAAAAGCUGCUUAUAAUGCCAUAUUGGCAGCUUUGUAGGGAAAUUGUUGCUAGCUUGGAUUCAAUGGAGGUUAUCGAUACAAAAAAAUGUAGGAUGGAUGUAUAUAGUUGAGUUUUGGAAUCUGCUGCGUAAGUAUAUUUUUAUGAUGGUUCUUACCAUACCGCU